AUGUUGAGCAAACAGGCCAUGUGCGGCGAGUUCAUCGGCACCAUUCUCUUCCUCUUCUUCGCCCUCGGCGGCACCCAAGUCGUCAACAACCUUCCCGUAAACCCCGGAGCAGACGGCAAGAUCCAACAGCUAUUGUACAUCUCGCUCUGCUUCGGCUUCUCCCUCGCGGUAAAUGUCUGGGUUUUCUUCCGCAUCAGCGGAGGCUUGUUCAACCCAGCCGUCACCCUCGGACUGUGCCUCAUCGGUGCGGUGCCUUGGGUUAGAGGCGUCUUGCUUGGUAUCUCCCAGGUCUUGGGAGGCAUCACCGCCGCCGCAUUGAUUUCGUGCAUGCUGCCAGGUCCGCUGGCCGCUGAAACGACGCUGGGAGGCGGAACGAGUGUUGCUCAAGGAGUGUUCCUGGAGAUGAUCUUGACGGCCGAGCUGGUCUUCACGAUCAUCAUGUUGGCGGCGGAGAAGCACAAGUCAACGUUCAUUGCACCUAUUGGCAUCGGUUUGUCGCUCUUCAUCGCAGAGCUCACGGGAGUCUUCUUCACUGGUGGCAGCUUGAAUCCAGCACGAUCCUUUGGUCCAGCAGUUGUCAAUCACAACUUUGCGAAAUACCAUUGGAUUUACUGGAUUGGACCAUUGAUGGGAUCUCUUCUGGCUUCGGGCUUCUAUAAGUUUAUCAAGGUCCUGGAAUACGAGGUGAGUCGCCAUAGAUUGUGCUCGGAUGCAUUCACUCACAUGACUGUAGACUGCCAAUCCGGGAGCAGACUCUGGAGGAGACCACGACCUGAGCAGUCAUCAUUUUAG